UCAGUUUCUCAGUACAUUUUGUAGUUAGCGCUUUUAGUUUAUCAAUUGCCAGUUCGACAAACCAGUUGUUAAUUAUUCAUCGUUAUUGAUUUUUCUUAAUUUUUUGAUACGGAACAAAAUGCGUCUGCUAAUUCUUUGUUUCGUCCUGGCACUGAGUCAGGGAGCGAUUUCAGAUGAUAACGUCCACAUAUUAUCUGAUGAGUUUAUUGCAAUUGUGCGUAGUAAAGCCAAAACAUGGACGGUAGGGAGAAAUUUUCAUGAGUCAGUGUCUCUGUCCCAUAUUCAUCGUUUAAUGGGAGUACAUCCAGAUGCGCAUAAAUUUGCUUUGCCAAAUAAAAAAUUGGUGUUGGGUGAAGAUGCCGUCCAGGGAGCAGAACUGCCCGAGGACUUUGAUGCCCGUACUAAUUGGCCCGAUUGCCCGACCAUUAAAGAAAUUCGAGACCAGGGUUCAUGUGGCUCUUGCUGGGCUUUUGGUGCUGUCGAAGCAAUGUCUGAUCGUGUUUGCAUUCAUUCCAAAGGCUCGUUAAACUUCCAUUUCUCAGCUGAUGAUUUGGUUUCAUGUUGUCACACUUGUGGAUUUGGUUGCAAUGGCGGUUUUCCUGGUGCCGCUUGGAGCUAUUGGACUCGCAAAGGCAUUGUAAGCGGUGGAGCCUUUGGUUCGAAUCAAGGUUGUCGCCCCUACGAAAUUGCCCCCUGCGAACAUCAUGUAAAUGGCACUAGGCCACCAUGUGAUGGGGAACAUGGCAAAACACCACAUUGCCAACAUCAAUGUCAAUCUUCUUAUAGCAUAGCUUACGACAAAGAUAAGCAUUAUGGAACAAAGGCUUAUUCCGUGGGCAGGAAUGUUCAAGACAUUCAGAGAGAGAUUAUGACAAAUGGACCGGUGGAAGGUGCAUUUACGGUUUACGAGGACCUAAUACUUUACAAGGAUGGCGUUUAUCAGCAUGUACAUGGCAAGGAGUUGGGAGGCCAUGCCAUACGCAUUUUGGGCUGGGGAGUGCAGAAACCCGACGGAACUCCUUAUUGGUUAAUUGCUAAUUCAUGGAAUACCGACUGGGGUAACAAUGGAUUCUUUAAAAUUUUGCGUGGUGAAGAUCAUUGUGGAAUUGAAAGUUCAAUUUCAGCUGGCUUACCAAAAGUUUAAUAAGCAUUACCACUAAAUAUGUAAGAAAUUAUAAUUUUAUUAAAAAAAAAACGAGUGUACUUGAAAUGGGAUUGCAUUUGAAAGACAUGAUUGAAUAAAUUUUAUUUUAAAGACA